AUGUCACAGCUAUUGCUGUCCGAAUUGACAGCAUUAUCCUCAGAAUCAAAGAGGAAAAGUCCAGACGUUCGAAUAGCAAGUGACGCAGCUUUAACAUCUUUACGAACAAAAGGUGACGUUUUAUUGGCAGCUAAAGGUGAAGAGGCAAUUCAAUUAAAGGAUAAUAUACUCUUACAACCUAUCAUACUUGCAUGUCAAGGAAAGACAUCAACUCCAAAAGUAGUAGGAAUUGCAGUUGGCUUGCUGCAGAGGGUCAUUGGCCUACGAAUCGUGCGAGAUGAAGAUUGUCCAGAAUUGGUGAAUUUGCUUGGACACGUUACAGAAUCUCGCAACGAUGUUGAGGUACAUUUGAAGGUCUUACAAGCCGUAUCAAGCUUAUUGAGUGGAUAUGAGUCAAUACAUUAUGACGUCUUGGCUCAAACCUUACGAUUAUGCUUCAAUCUGCAAGAAAGUAGAAUCGGAGUAGUAAGCUCAACAGCAUCUGCCACUUUACGUCAAGCGGUAAUGACGGUAUUUGAAAAAGUGAAAGAUGAAGAUCAAAUUCUGAAUGCAAUCAAAUCUGGAGGAGAAGAUGCGGCAGCUUCUGCACCAUUGGCGACAAUGACUGUACCCCUACCCGGCACUUCCGAAUCUGUCACAUUGUUCCCGUGCUCCCGGGAUGCAUAUUUGAUCAUCUCAGAUCUGAAUGCACUUGCAAAUAAUGAUCAAAGCACCUUCUUGGGUCUACAAUCACUACCACGAACAUUUACGUUGGAGUUGAUUGAAUCAGUCCUGACCAAUCAUGCACAUCUAUUCCGUCCAGAUACCCAUCCAGAACUUCUACUCUGUCUACGACAAUCAACGUGCCCAUUGCUUAUCAAGGCGUUCAAUGAACAGCCUUCAUUUCCAACAACGCUACGACUUAUACGAUUACUGUUCGUCUUGCUACGCCAAUUCAGCGCAGAACUGGUCGUUGAAGUAGAAAUCUUGAUGAGCAUCCUACUACGGUUCAUUUCAAAUCCUUCCGAUUCAAACAGACGAGUUUCUUCAUCAUCCGAGGCUAUCCCUUCAGCUCAAGAGCAUAUACCGUCGUGGCAGCGUGUCUUGGCAAUCGAAGCGACUAGAAGUCUAUGCUCUGAUGGUGUUCUGAUGCGGAACUUGUGGAAAUGGUUCGAUAGCAAGCCCAAUUCUACUGCUAUAUUCACUCAAUUAGUCGAUACAUUGCAUAAUCUAGCAACAGAGAGACCAAAUUUGAUCGGAAUCGCAGAUGCUUCUCUUCAAAUGGACGAAUCAGCAUCAAAGGGACACAAAGACGGCGCUAAAGGAGAAGGCAGACGAAGCUCUUCAGGUAUCUAUAACACUGCUGCAGAAGUGGCUAGUGUUGCAAUUGGAUUGAAGAGCAGCACAGAUGUAUCAGCAAUGACCGCUGUUGGAUUAAGUCAAACAAGUGUACCGAGUGUACAGUUGAUCGAUCAACUGGACAAAUCAGAUGCUCCGCAAGUACCCUCAACUUACAUCUACCUUUUGGCUCUGCAAGCAUUGGUACAUGUAGCACAAUCAUUAGCAGCAUUUGCGUUACCAGUCUAUUCUCGAUUCGUCAACACUCGACCACGCUCUGCACCUCGAGCACCUCCUUCUCUCGAUUUCUCCUCGCUACCAGAACAAGACCACAAAGAGGUUGCAGUAGUGCGCGAUAUGGUACAGCAAUGUUGGGCUCCUCUAUUGGAUAGCUUCACGUUCUUCCUUUCCGCCAAGUGUGACGACUUUCUCUUUGCUGAAGUUUUGAUCGCAUUAAGAAAUUUCACCAACACGACAGGAGCUCUGGGUCUAGUCUCACCUCGGGAUGCUUUGAUUGCUUCAUUGACCCGAUUUGCUAUUCCAAAAACAGUGAUGGUACGAUUGUUAUCAAUGCGUAGUCGUGCAUCAGGGAAUGAAGAAGUUGACGCUCAUCUGAGCGAACGAAAUGCAGCAUGCUUAAAAGCUGUUACGCAAAUCGCAUACUACCUCUCAGGAAGUUUAGGAACUCAUUGGCGGGAUGUUUUGGAAACACUUUGUGAUGCUGAAUACAUCUUGCGAAGGAGUAUCAACAGGAGAAAGAGCUCUGAAGCAGGUGCUACUGGAGAAACGAAUACAUCGUCGAUAUCAAAUGUUGAUGCAUACAAGCCAAAACCAAGUAUGGCGUCCAUUUCUGCUCUAUCCACCAUUCCGGCAGGGUUUUCAUCCGCUGCUGGAAUUGACUCAACGACUGGAAGACCGGUAGCGUUACAGGCGAUUGACAAUGCUACAUUGCUAAACGAUGUCGGCAAGGUAUUUGAAAAUACGACUUCCCUCGGCGAUUCUGCGCUCCUCCCGUUCAUGGAAGCUUUGUGUGAGCUUGAUGCGGAUCACGUAGGCUUAGCAGAACAUGGUGAAAGACAAGCACCGGCAUCUGUUCUGAAUCGAAGUUCUCCGCUUUCUUCUCUGGCAACGGUGUCUAUGUUGAACGUACGAAGAUUGGCAGACUCGCCAGAAUUAAAGCGAGCAUGGGAUUUGGUCACGCAGCACAUGCUCACAUUGGCAUCCAAGUAUGCCUUACGUCCAAGCCUUCGUAUGCAAGCUGCCACUGCACUGGACAAUUUCAUUCUUUCUGCUUUGAACGAGCCUUCGAAAGAAGUAGUGGUGCAGGUACAAAAUCAAUCGAUCGAAGUUCUAGCAAAGCAAAGUAUUUUGGAUGGGAGACGAAAAUCACCUGUAGACAUUGACGUUCGCAAGAAUGGUAUCGAAACUUUCUUGACCGUUCUGCAAACAUACGGGCAUAGCUUACAAACCGGAUGGGAGACGCUGUUUUCUGUUUUUGCUGCCACCUGUAAACCAAUCCAAUCCGAAGAAGAUCGCAGCAAUAUUCCGCUCAUCAAAGUUGCAUUCAAUGCCAUGCAAAUCGUCUGCUCGGAUUUGUUAUCAAGACUUGAUCAAAAUCAGCUGAAGGUAUGCGUUGAGACAUUGACACGAUUUAGUGAACAGGACGAAGAUGUGAAUAUUUCCCUUACAGCAGGAGGUACCCUUUGGGGAAUCACAGCAGAAGUCAGCUCCCGUGCAGGAAAAGGCGAAGGAGAGGAGAAGAGUACAGAUAUGAAAGAUAUGUGGAUUCAUAUCUUGUCCAAUGUGCGUACAUUGACGGAGGAUAGACGACUUCAAGUACGAAAUGGUGCGAUUUCAAUUCUGUUCAAUAUCUUGGAUCAGUAUGGCAAUGUAUUAUCGGAGGAGGUAUGGAAGGUCAACGUGAUGGGUGAAAUCCUUUUGACGUUACUUGACAGUCUGCACACCAACUCUCAAAGCACGAAAGAUGGUGGGUUGAAGAAAGAAUGGGAUGAAAGCCGCGUUCUGGCCUUUACCAAUACAGGAAGGAUAAUCCGUCAAGUAUUUGUCGAAAAGCUGAUCACUGCUACAGAGGUUUGGCAACAGCUUCUCGUCAACAUCAAGCAAGGUUUCCUAGCAGGGCCAAGCUCUGUCUCACAAGCUUCCAUUCAAGCUCUUCAUCAUAUCCUGCAGAUCCACAGUGUACCUUCGUCUCAACAAGAUUCCAUAAAAGCAGCAAUGCGUUCUGCUUGGAGCGUUUGGUGCGAGAUCGGUAAUAAUAUUCAAAGCAUCCCUGCAACGUACACUCAAGCCAAUCUGCUGGCAUAUGUGGAAACAGUGACACCAUUGUACGCUGCCUUGAUGACCGAACUAAGCUCUGAUGAAGUCAACGUGAUGUUAUCUUGUCUCAAAACAGCGUUAAUGUACGCAAAGGGGAAGGAACGUAUUUCGGACAGUGAACGUUUGACUGCCUUGCAAGCCAGUAUCACUACACGAAUUGCCAGCUUGCAAUUAUCACCUGUGAUCGUUUCGCGUGUUUUGAUGGAUUUGGCAGAAUAUUCUUCUUUGGCUUUCGUGCCAAGCAAUGCAGGAGGUGCGACUUAUCUUGCUUUGAACAGGUAUGCUACCGAUCAUAUUGUCACUUUGUUCGACCAGUGGUCAAAAGAUAAGGAGGUAUAUCGCUCGAGCGCUCUACAACAGAUCUACCUCGCCUUGGCAAUCCCUUUGAAGCUUCGUUAUGACUGUCCCAAAAAGCAAGCUUCAUCUGCAGAAAAGGCGACGCCAUUAUGGAAAGGUAGUCUGAUUGCAUUGUGCAAGUUGGUGAGAUCAACAUGUGCAAAUUUGGAUGAAGUUGAAGUUGAAGAGAGCCUGAAGCAAGACAUCUGGGCAAGUAUGGUUUCUGCUUUGGCUGCUGCUCUGACCGCUGAUUGUUCGCCUAUAUUGGAAAUGAGUGUAGAAGAGCAAGAUGCAGAAGAAGUGUUUGAUUUGAUUCUCUUGAGUACUAUAGAACGGAAUGUAUGGCCGAAAUUGGGAAAUGAAUACGUACCACAAGGUUGCAUUGAAACACUCGUCAAAGCAAUUCAAGAUACUUCAAAGAUGGAAGGUGUCGACAAUCGUUCACAAAUUCAGGAGGAUGACAAAUCGGGCAAAGUAGCAGGCUUGGUGGCCGGAUUAAAGGUGCCAAGAGAAGCAUUUGCUUAUUGGUGUUUGGAUUUGUUGGUUUUGCUUUGUUCGAAGAAGGCAAGCGGAUCAAGUCAUAGACAAUUCCGUCGAACUGCUGCGAUCUCUUUACCUUUUCUCGUGGAACGGUUCUCAUCGACUUUGGAAAGGUAUAUUGAAGACACUCGGCUGUAUGGGUCUGCACCUCUUUCAAGAAUACGGGAUGAAGAGAUUAAUUAUAUUCUGAUGAAGUUGUCCAAGAUACAACUUUGGCCGGGAUCG